GGCGCGUCCACCGGUAGAGCUGCGCGUCGGCUCAGAGCGCGUCCGGGCCUCGUCCGCGGAGGUGCAUCCGCCCGCCUUCCGUCCUUGGAGCGAGCUGGACCGGUGCCAGUGGCCGCCGGCCGGUGUGUUGUGCUCAGGGAGGGACGCCGCUCUCGUGUGGUGCCCGAUCUCGAGAAGUACGGCUCCAGUGGCGUGGUAUAGCCCGACUCGUGAACCGAGUGUCGAUACGGUGGCAGUAUGACGUCGACAGCGAUGGAGAAGGCUCCCGAGCCGCCGUCGGUGUCGGACGCCGGCGACGAGCCGCACCGGGCGCUGCUCAACCACGUGGACAUCGUGGUGGUAGUGGUGUACUUCCUCAUGGUGAUGGCCACCGGCAUCUACUCAAUGUGCCGGCCGAACCGGGGCACAGUCAGCGGCUUCUUUCUCGCCGGCCGGGGAAUGAGCUGGCUUCCCGUGGGAGCGUCGCUGUUCGCCAGUAACAUCGGCUCGGAGCACUUCAUCGGCCUUGCCGGGUCAGGGGCUGCGGCCGGCAUCGGCGUCGGCGCCUUCGAGUUCAAUGCGAUUAUUUUGAUACAGCUGCUCGGCUGGAUAUUCCUGCCCGUAUUUUUAGCCAGUAGGGUUGGCACGCUGCCGGAGUUCAUGCAGAAGCGAUUCGGCGGCUCCCGCAUUCAGGUCUACUUGGCCAUUCUAUCACUCAUUCUUUACAUCUUUACGAAAAUAUCGGUGAACCUGUACUCGGGCGCCAUAUUCAUCCAGCAGGCGCUGCGCUGGUCGCUCUGGUGGUCCGUCAUCGGCAUCCUGCUGGUGACGGUGGUGACCACGGUACUCGGCGGUCUGGCGGCCGUCAUCUACACCGACACCCUGCAGUUCUUCAUCAUGAUCCUCGGAUCGCUGGCCGUCAUGGGAAAAGCGUUCUACCUGGUGGGCGGCUACUCUGAGCUGCAGGAGCGGUACAUCCAGGCGAUCCCCUCUGUCACCAUACCCAACACCACGUGUGGGGUACCGGCAACGGACUCUUGGAUAAUGCUGCGCGACCCUCUAAACUCGGACAUGCCGUGGCCUGGCUUCAUUCUGGGCCAGACGCCGGCCUCCAUUUGGUACUGGUGUGCUGAUCAGAUGAUGGUCCAGCGCGCGCUGUCGGCUCGGUCGCUGUCGCACGCGCAGGGCGCCACCCUGUUCGCCGGCUACAUCAAGAUCCUGCCCGUGUUCAUCAUGGUGCUGCCCGGCAUGAUCAGCAGAGUCCUCUACCCGGACGAGGUGGGCUGCGCGGUCCCCGAGGAGUGUAAGCGCAUCUGCGACAACGAGAUCAGCUGCUCCAACAUCGCCUAUCCGAAGCUGGUGCUCAACAUCAUGCCGCAAGGGAUGCGCGGCGUCAUGAUCUCUGUGAUGCUGGCGGCGCUGAUGUCCGACCUGACGUCCAUCUUCAACUCGGCCUCCACCCUCUUCACCAUGGACGUGUACGGCAAGUUCAGGCCGCACACCACCGAGCGGCACAAAAUCAUGGUCGGCAGGGCGUUUGUGGGAGUGAUGGUGGCGAUCAGUAUCGCGUGGAUCCCUCUGAUCGACAAGGCGCAGGGUGGCCAGCUCUUCCUGUACAUCCAGUCGAUCGCCGCCUACCUGGCUCCGCCCAUCGCCGCCGUCUACACCAUGGCCGUCCUCUGGAGCCGGAUGAACGAGACGGGGGCCUUCUGGGGCCUGAUGAGCGGCUUCGUGGUGGGCGUCGCCCGCAUGGUGCUCGACUUUGUCUACAUGUUCGACGCGCCCAAGUGCUGGGAGACCGAGGACACCAGACCGGCGAUCGUGGCCAAGAUGCACUACAUGUACUUUGCGAUGCUGCUGUUCUGGCUGACGGGCGUGGUGGCGGCGGUGGUGUCGCUGGCCACCCCGGCGCCCGAGGACUGGCGCACCGUGCGCACCACCUUCUUCACACGGUUCUCGGAGCAGCAGCGGGAGGACGAGCUGGAGCCGCAGCCGCCGGCCGACGAGGACAAGCACACCAUGCAGCUGGAGGAGGAGGAGAUGGCGGCUGCGCCGGCGUGGCGGCGCGCCUACGACUGGGUGUGCGGCCACGAGAGCGCCGCCGAGGAGCGUGUGCACGCCGCUGAGCUGCAGCGUCACCUGGCCGAGGUUAGCAGCAUCCAGCAGCCGCGCCGCGAGCGGCUGCUGCUCAACACCCUGCUGGUGCUCGUGCUGGCCACUGGCGUCGGCCUGCUGGCCUUCUUCACCGUCAGCCCGUUCAGCGCUGAUCAGUACCGGCGCGCGCAGGCGGCCAAACUCCAGUCCAUGGGCUACCCGUCGCCGUGGCCGGAGGACGAGCUCUAGCCGGCGGCCGCGCCGCGCCGGAGGCCAGACGGGGAGGUGCCGCGCCGGAGGGAGGUGCCGCGGCGGCCUGCGGAGGGCGGAGAGUGGUCAGUUGUCUGUCCAUCUUGGCGAGGGCGGUGGCGAUUCCGAUCGAGCCGAACUGAGUACCUGUGCGAUGGUGGAUGGGGACCAGCGGCGGCCCGAGUCGCCCGGUGAACUGUACCCGGCAGCUCGUUGUCGCUAUGAUCCAAGUCGCGAGGUCACUGGCGUAGCGUGAUCAACAGCGCCACAGCCGCACGACCGGAGCAGCUCGCAACUACCGGUGAUUUAAGACGAUCAUAGAUGGCACUGAGGUACCCGAGCCUGUCCUCAGACAGGUGAGGUCACCUCCGGCCAGGAAAUCUGUCCUUCAGCUCAUACUCGUAGCCUUUAGCCAGUGAUAAAGAGAGGAGAUUAGCGAACAUCAUACCAGUACGUCGGUUUGUCGCUAUAUCAGGAGUGGUGGUUACUGUGGGGCCAGACUACUGCCUGACUUCGUGAGAAGCUUGAGAAGCACCUUUUUAGCUGCCGUGACGUUUCUGCUGUCAAAUCGUGAGAUACGUUCCAUCCGAGACGGCCGCGAGUCCCGUGAGUCGGCGGCGACUAUCUGUCACCUGUGGGCACCGCCAAGGUCAGGAGCUACCCGGGCCGUUGGAACGCUCCAAACUCUCAAUGUGACGCUGGUAGCUUGUACCUGAGUGUUAUGUCUGCUGUGGACCUGCGGCUUGUUUUCAGGCACAAUCGGCUGUCCUGUAGUUUGUAUGUGAAGGUGUGUGUCGCACCAUUUUCCGAGUGGUCGUCACUGUUCUUCGUAAGAACGUGUUUUAUACAAGUGAUUUCCAG